UCUGAUUUCAGAGUGUAGACCCUCCACUUUUGCCACCUCCUGGCCGCCAUGGUGCUUUCAGAACCAACCAGGAGCUACCCAGGCGGAACCGCACUGGAGCGCAAUGUGGGCUUUUUGGCUGCCUCGGUCUUCUCUGUGGCAUAUGUGGCAGCUCCCAUUCAUGUCUUCCUGGCCCUCGGCGUGACGGUGCGACAUCCCUUUUGGUGGGGAGCGUGGCUGAUGAACUUGCCGAUUUUGGUGUCGUUCAUGCUGCCCUCCCGCCUGGUGGAGCGCUUCUCCAAUCCUCUCUUUUGCUCUUGGCCGAUGCGGCAGAUCCCCAAGUACUUUGAGUACGAGGAGUACCAUGAGACAACUGACAGUGAGCUUCGUUCGACGGGGAAGAACUAUCUGGUCGGAGCCCAUCCGCACGGAGUCUUCUCCUUCGCAGGCGUUUGUGCAGCAGUUGCCACUCACUCAUCUCCAGAUGGCUUUGGGGCUGCGCUGCCGGAGGAGGCUCCGACAGCAGCUGCUUCCGUGGUAAAGCUUUUCCCCAUCUUGAAAGACGUGCUGGCGGUCUUUGGAUUGAUUGAUGCCAGCAGCUCCACACUUUCAAAGAGAUUGUCGCGCCCAAGAGGCUCUUUGGUGCUGUACAUUGGUGGCAUGAUUGAGCUCUUCUACUCCAGCCCAAAGAAGGAAGUCGUCUUCUUGAAGCAGCGGAAGGGGUUCAUCAAGCUGGCGUUGCGUGCGGGAGCAGAUGUUGUGCCUGUGUACAUGUUUGGGAACACCACAGUGCUCUCAGUCUUAGCUUGGGGCCCUUUAGCCUCCUUGAGCCGCUCGCUGGGGAUGUCCGUGACCUUGUUCUGGGGACGAUUUGGAUUGCCCAUGCCAAAGCCUGUGCGCCUGACCUACGUUCGGGGCAGACCGCUGGGAAUGCCACACAUCGAAAAUCCAAGUCCUGAAGACAUCGAGAAGUGGCAUGCCACGUACUGUGAAAAGCUUACAGAACUCUUCGAGAGCUACAAGGGACGAAACCCAGACUACAAGCACAAGGAUUUGAUCAUCAAAUGAGUUUUUGCUCCCUCUGGUGGCCAAAAGUGGUCCUCAGAGUCUUAAAUCGCUCAGACGGUUCUGACUCUCGUCUGCGCGAAUCGCUUGCGCAAGACGCCGAGUUUUGAACCAUUUCCCCUCUGUCUCUGCCCAAACAACGGGCCGCAUGGAUGCGUGAUGCGUUUUCGACCGUCGAUGGGAGGCACUGAACUUGAUCAAACGACAAAUUGUAUUUC